CGGUACGCUCGUAUAAGGAAAGCUAUUGUUUAGUUCGACACUUGCAACAUGCCUGAACCAGCGAAAUCCGCUCCCAAGAAGGGCUCCAAGAAGGCGGUCACUAAGACCGCCGCUAAAGGAGGAAAGAAGCGCAGAAAGUCCAGGAAGGAGAGCUACGCUAUCUACGUGUACAAAGUGUUGAAGCAGGUUCAUCCUGACACCGGGAUCUCCUCAAAGGCGAUGGGGAUCAUGAACUCUUUCGUCAACGAUAUCUUCGAGCGCAUCGCCGGUGAGUCGUCUCGUCUCGCUCACUACAACAAGCGCUCCACCAUCACCUCGAGAGAGAUCCAGACCGCCGUGCGUCUGCUGCUGCCCGGAGAGCUGGCCAAACACGCCGUGUCUGAGGGCACCAAGGCCGUCACUAAGUACACCAGCUCCAAGUAGAGUGUAAUCUGACUUCUACAACCCCAACGGCUCUUUUAAGAGCCACCCAUGUCUUCUGCCAAAGAGCUUUUCAUCCUAUUGUCUGGUGGGUUCGGUCAAUAAACCCAGCACUUUUAUUUUAAAGGAAUAAACAAUUAGACAUGCUACAAGGCGUUAAGCAAUGAAGGCCAUUUAAAAAAAAAAAAAAAAAAAGCUGGUGUGGUUGUUUCGUAAACUGUCUAAUUUUGUUUGUCUUCUGAAAUGUUUUGAUCACUAAACAAGAAAUGUUAAUUUCCUUAUUUUGGAUAUCACUGAUCUAGCAUUUAAUAGUAGAUUAAAAUCAUUUAGAUUUUAUCAAAUUUUGAUUAUUAAAACAAAAGAAAAUCACAGGUGUUAAUGCCCAUGCUUAAUGUUCUCGAUAUAUGCAUGUUGUGUGUAAGGUCUUAAUAUGGUUAUUUUUAUAUAUCUCGAUACUGAUGUAAUUCGGUGCAUAAAAUAAGCUUCUAAGUGGAAAAAUAGACUAUAUUAGUGAAUGAUUGUGUUCUCCCGCUCAUCGGAACACAAGCAGAUGCUGAAAGACAGAACCAAUCGAUCACAGACAGCGUUCGCUGCUGACGCACGGCUCAGCGCUUGUUCAAACAGCGCUGCGUUUCCCAAAAGCAUCAGAAGCAUAAGAUGAUCUCAAGAAACCAUUGCUACAUUACAUUACAUAUCAUUGUUACUAUAUAUAUAAAAUUAAUUGUGAAAAAAAAAUGCAUCAUGGUUUCCACACAAAUAUGAAGCAGCAAUAAUAAUAAAUGUUUCUUGAGCA